GGCGGAGUUUGAGCCAAAAUGAGGGAAAAUAAGAACAUGUCCGAGACCCCCUCUCAAGCGGGAAAAGAAAUACCGGCGAAAAAACAAAAACUAAGCAGUGACGAGAACAGUAACCCCGAUUUAUCAGGAGACGAGAAUGAUGAUGCUGUCAGUGUUGAAAGUGGGACCCACGCAGAGCGCCCGGACACCCCCACCAACACGGCCAACGCCCCAGGCAGAAAGAGCUGGGGCAAGGGCAAGUGGAAGUCCAAGAAGUGCAGAUAUUCUUUUAAAUGUGUCAACAGCCUGAGGGAAGACCAUGGACAGCCGCUGUUUGGCGUCCAGUUUAACUGGCACAGCAAGGAGGGAGACCCGCUGGUGUUUGCCACAGUAGGGGAGUAACAGGUGCUUUCUUUUCUUCACCAGGUAACUCUUUAUGAAUGUCACUCUCAGGGAGAAAUAAGACUAUUGCAGUCUUACGUGGAUGCAGAUACAGAUGAGAACUUCUAUACGUGUGCCUGGACCUACAACACCAACACAAACCAUCCUCUGCUGGCCGUGGCCGGGUCCCGCGGAAUCAUCCGGGUGAUCAACCACAUCACAAUGCAGUGUAUCAAGCAUUAUGUAGGUCACGGAAAUGCCAUCAAUGAGCUCAAGUUUCAUCCAAGGGAUCCAAAUCUCCUCCUGUCGGUCAGCAAAGAUCAUGCCCUCCGUCUAUGGAACAUACAGACGGAUACGUUAGUGGCGAUAUUUGGCGGCGUGGAAGGGCAUCGAGAUGAAGUCCUGAGUGCUGAUUUUGAUCUACUUGGCGAAAAGAUAAUGUCUUGUGGGAUGGACCACUCCUUAAAACUUUGGCGAAUCAAUUCAGAGAGGAUGCAGAUAGCCAUCCGAGGGUCUUAUGAGUACAACCCCUCCAAGACCAACAGGCCUUUCGUUUCACAGAAAAUUCACUUCCCGGAUUUCUCAACACGAGACAUCCACAGGAACUACGUGGACUGUGUGCGGUGGCUCGGGGAUCUCAUUCUCUCCAAGUCCUGUGAGAAUGCCAUUGUCUGCUGGAAACCAGGAAAGAUGGAGGACGACCUCGAUCACAUUAAACCCAACGAGUCAAACGUGACGAUUCUGGGACGCUUCGACUACAGCCAGUGUGACAUCUGGUACAUGCGCUUCUCCAUGGACUUCUGGCAGAAGAUGCUGGCUCUGGGGAACCAGGUGGGGAAACUCUAUGUGUGGGACCUGGAAGUGGAAGACCCUCACAAAGCAAAGUGCAUCACACUGACCCUCCCCAAAUGCACCUCGGCCAUCCGGCAGACCAGCUUCAGCCGCGACAGCAGCAUUUUGAUCGCCGUGUGUGACGACGCCUCCAUCUGGCGCUGGGAUCGACAGCGCUGAACAGAUUCACCCGAAGAAAUUAUUUGUAGUUCUUGUUGCUCCCACAUGUCCUAAAUGUUAGCCCUGCUGUACCAAAAUACAGCAUUUCUUUUCAAAUGGGAGAUAAAUCAUGCCGAGGCCAGAUGAGAUGAUUCUGCUGGUUUGCAUUUCCUGUUUGUCUCCUGCCGGAUGUUUGAGAACAGGGAAGAUUUUCUAACCAGCAAAACACCAGUGUUACUCGCUUUUCCUUUUUGAAGAGAACAUUGUUGUGUAAAAGAAAAGAGAAGGACUUUGUUCCAAACCAUAGAGGAAUAUUUUAGAUAGGACAAGGUUAAGGAUGAGCAUGUUGGUGAAAUAUUCAACUGUGCCUUCUUCAUUUCUAUGCAGUCUUUGAAGUGAAAUCAUCUCAUUCAACUGGCUGAUUUUUGUUUUAGGAAAUGCUUUUAUUGGCACCAAAGAUAGACGUUCUUUACAGCGUGCCACAAUUUGAAUUCCCCAGUUCAGACAAAAAGAAAUGAAGAUUUUUGUCCUAUAGUUUUUACAUUCCUUUGCAUCUUCUUUUCAAAAACCUCCUGGUUUGCUUUGAUGUCCCCUUUUCCCCACAAACGUACACUUUGACUGUUGUUGCAUCAUUUACAGUGAUACUAGAGGCUUUGAGUAAAUAAAAUGUAUUUUGUAAAUA